AUCCGGUCCACGCACACGCCUGCCUACCGCUAACCCAUCCCCUCUCCCCUCUCGGAUUCCUCGGCUCCGGCGACCACGACCGGCGGCGGCCGUCCCUCCCUCCCAGGUGUACAGGACAGAGUGCAAAGGAACAGGGAAGUGCGCGUCCAUUUGAUUGAAAUGGCUUCAAAGCUUCAAGCCUUUUGGAACCAUCCUGCUGGCCCCAAAACCAUUCAUUUUUGGGCUCCAACAUUUAAAUGGGGGAUCAGCAUUGCGAACAUUGCCGACUUUGCUAAGCCUCCUGAAAAGAUAUCCUAUCCUCAGCAAAUUGCGGUUGCCUGCACUGGAGUCGUCUGGUCACGCUACAGCAUGGUUAUCACACCGAAAAACUGGAACCUUUUCAGCGUUAAUGUUGCGAUGGCCGGUACAGGCCUGUACCAGCUAUCCCGAAAAAUAAGGAAGGACUACUUCCCUGACGAUGAAAAGGAGGCUGCUGCUGCUGCAUCACUGGAAGGAUAGCGAUGAAUGACUGACCGACUGGACAAAUAAUCGACUGCAUAGCCUGUCUGCUACCUCGGAGUCGGUUUCAGAUUCACUCUGGGCCGCAGAACUGAACCCCCCUUUCUUUCCAUGUGAAAAUUUAUUUGUUUGAUGCGAUGCUGGAUCGCGGCCACUUGUGGGCACGCAAGCAGAGCUACGUGAAAAAUUCACGCAAGUUAAUAAUCAUUUAUGCAGCAUGUAUUGUGUGCAAAAAAGGAAAAGAGAUGCAGAUUAGAUACAUGAACCGUCGGCCCCCCUUGUAUUUUGGCAUUCAAUAAGUUGUCUCUGAAAUUGAACGAAA